UCCUAUAUAAGCGUUCCCAUAAGCUAUCGAGACCAUACGUCUUCAAGAACUCAAGUUAAAUACGUCUCAUUGAGAACAUCAGUUGCAAUGGUGCAGAUCAAGUUCCUUUUCGUGUUCCUGGCUGUGAUGACAAUUGUUGUCCUGGCGGCCAACAUGGCUGAUGCCGAUUGCCUUUCCAGAAAAUACAAGGGUCCCUGCGCCGUCUGGAACCAUAAGAUGUGCCGUCGUAUUUGCAAGGAGGAAGGACGCAUAAGUGGCCACUGCAGUGCCAGCCUGAAGUGCUGGUGCGAAGUAUGCUGAAUGCACUAAAUUUUAAACAAAUAUUUUACUAGAAAUAUAGGCGCCAAACCUUUGGCGUUAACGUUUAUUACUCAUACGUACUGUUGUCUCUUAAUUUCCUUUAUGUAAGUGUGGUAGGGUCAGUAAGUGUUUACAUACAUCUUGAUUUCGAAAAGAGGGCAAUUAUAGGUAAAUAACUCUUUAUGAUAAGGAUGCGUUUUUAAAUCACCUAAUGUCAAUAAAUUACACACAUAGCACUUAUGUCACGAGUAUUUCUAUCGUUAAUUCCCGAGAAGCUUAUCGAUUGCUAGCAUUAUGUUUACUAUCUUAGUCAAAUAGAUCAUCUAAGAACCUGUAUCCCUAUAUAAGCGUAGACUCCAGUUGUC